AUGGAUCACCUUAUCUGCUUGGGAUUCAUUCUCUGGCUCAGGAAUCCCAUUGAUCUUCCCUCUUGCUCCAGGGCGGCGCCCAAUGCGUACCCAGAUGCGUCGGUGCGCCUCCCCAUUUCACGUGAUAGCGAACGGAGGCCCCGUGUCCCGCUGAUCAAGGAUGUACUCCACAAGGAAUUGGCAGAUCUCGAUCUGCAUCAUGCUGCGGCAGCAGAGCCGCAGUCGCCCGUCGCCCUUGAGCAGAGGGGCGUUAACGCCGAAAUGGAGGAUGCGGCUGAGUACAUCAGCGCAGCCUCUGACACUUCUAGCGACUGUGAAAAUGUCUUGGAAUAG